CGGUCAUCAAAAAAGCAUCGUGAUUAUAUCACCUCCCUUGUGCGCAUCACUUGCGCACCCCUCUCGUGUUUAUCAUGACAUAGACCAUCAAGCCAGAAUGCGCUUUCUUCUGAUAUCUCUCCUGAGCGCGCUAUCUGUCGUCACACACGCAUUACCGGCUCAACAGGCCCCCCUCCUUCGACAUGCUGCAAACAAUCGUACAGUUUCGCCCGAGCUCUUCUCUGAUCUCGAAGAGUUGGCUCGCGUUGUCGACAUCUCUUAUUGUGUAGGCCUUACCGGUAUAGGCAUAUCGAAACCGUUCAAAUGUCUCAGCCGAUGCUCAGAGUUCCCAGAGUUCGAACUUGUCAAGACAUGGAACACCGGCCAGUUGAUGUCCGAUUCGUGCGGCUACAUCGCCCUUUCUCAUUCUCAGACAAACCCUCGCAUCAUCGUCGCAUUCCGCGGUACCUACUCAAUCGCAAACACAGUUGUCGACCUUUCCACAGUGCCUCAAGAAUAUGCUCCUUACCCUGGCGACCCGGAUUCAGACACCACCGGCGACGAUGAGGCAGGAACUCCACGAUGCAACAACUGCACUGUACACACUGGCUUCUACAGCUCUUGGAAAGUGGCUUCAUCUGCCGUUCUGCCAGAUUUGGAAGCAGCAAUCGCAGCUUACCCGGACUAUGCCUUGACGCUUGUAGGUCACUCACUGGGAGGAGCAGUCGCUGCACUUGCAGGUCUGGAGUUUGUUUCGCGUGGCUGGAAUCCUACCGUCACCACUUUCGGCGAACCGAGGCUCGGAAACACAGCUCUGAACCACUAUCUCGACCAGCGAUUCAAUCUGCUUGACUCGACCCGCGAAGUCUGGACUGACAUUGUCGACGAACGACAACUGCGCUAUCGUCGUGUAACCCAUGUUGACGACCCGGUGCCUCUACUACCCCUUACAGAGUGGGGUUACCGAAUGCAUGCUGGCGAGAUCUACAUCUCCAAGUCUGCCUUGACACCAGACGUACAGGAUCUCCAACACUGUGUGGGCGAUGAAGACCACCAGUGCAUUGCCGGACAGGAUGGUAGUCUGUCCACAGAAUCAAUCCUCACUAAACGUAACGACCUCAGAGCUCAGGUCAAACGCUCGGUCGAUGAUCUCACCGAGGAGCACGAGCUGGAGAAGAGAGACAUCGGCUCAUGGGUUGUGCCAUCUCGCUAUAAGUUGUGGCAGUUGUUCUUCUCUCAUCGCGAUUACUUCUGGCGUCUUGGCCUUUGUGUUCCUGGCGGCGACCCCUGGGACUGGAAUCGCAGGCCGUAUGCACCACUCGAUGAUGAGGACCAACACUAAAUUGCUUGAUCUGUCUCAUUGCUUUGGGCAAAGUUAUACGAUGACUGGGAAGAAUUCCUUUCUGUAUGUAACCUAUGCACUUAUCUUAUAAUACAUGUCUUACGAAGC